AUUUAUAAUAAAGAUUUUAGUCGAAAUUUCGCUCUUGUAGUGACCAAAAGUGAUUAAAGUUCCGAAAUGAGUGAAAAACUUGUUCUCUACGGCUUCGAAAGAAGUCCGCCGGUACGCGCCGUUUUACUCACACUGAAUGCUUUGAAUUUGGAAUUCGAACUAAUACCGGUGGAUACAUUUAAAGGUGAACAAAAUUCUGAGGAGCACUUGAAAAAGAAUCCAGCGCAUACAAUUCCAGUACUCGAAGUUGAUGGCAAAUAUAUAUCCGAUUCUCACGCCAUUAUCGCCUUUUUGGCUAGCAAAUAUGGCAAAGACGAUUCGCUCUAUCCAAAGGACCUGUAUCAACGCGCCACUGUCGAUCAACGUUUGCACUAUGAGAAUGGUGUUAUCUUUAACGAAACUAUGAAACAACGUUUGCGUGCAUUAUUUUCAAGCGAACAGCCACAAGCGGCAGCUGAGGAAGCAUUUAAAGCCGUUCGCGAUGUAUACACUGUGCUGGAGGCUUAUCUCAAUCAAAAUAAAUAUAUGGCUGCUGAUCAUUUAACCAUAGCUGACUUCAGUCUUCUAACAACAGUUACUGUUCUGAAUUUAGUUGUGCCAGUGGUGGCGGACAAGUGGCCAAAGUUGACAGCGUGGUUGGAGAACAUGAAGCAGUUGCCAUAUUAUGAGAAAGCAAACGCCAAAGGUUUGGAAGCACUCGUGGAAAAAUUUAAACCGGCAUUGGAAAAGCUCAAGCAACAGAAAUGUGAUUCCGAAAUGGGUGAAAAACUUGUUCUCUACGGCUUCGAGAGAAGUCCGCCGGUACGCGCCGUUUUACUCACACUGAAUGCUUUGAAUUUGGAAUUCGAACUAAUACCGGUGGAUACAUAUAAAGGUGAACAAAAUUCUGAGGAGCACUUGAAAAAGAAUCCAGCGCAUACAAUUCCAGUACUCGAAGUUGAUGGCAAAUAUAUAUCCGAUUCUCACGCCAUUAUCGCCUUUUUGGCUAGCAAAUAUGGCAAAGAUGAUUCGCUCUAUCCAAAGGACCUGUAUCAACGCGCCAUUGUCGAUCAACGUUUGCACUAUGAGAAUGGUGUUAUCUUUAACGAAACUAUGAAACAACGUUUGCGUCCGUUACUUACAAGCGAACUGCCACAAGCGGCGGUUGAUGAAGCAUUAAAAGGCAUUAGUGAUGUAUACACUGUGCUGGAGGCUUAUCUCAAUCAAAAUAAAUAUAUGGCUGCUGAUCAUUUAACCAUAGCUGACUUCAGUCUUCUAACAACGGUUACUGUUCUGAAUUUAAUUGUGCCAGUGGUGGCGGACAAGUGGCCAAAGUUGACAGCGUGGUUGGAGAACAUGAAGCAGUUGCCAUAUUAUGAGAAAGCAAACGCCAAAGGUCUGAAAGCAACCGAGGAUGUAAUUAAACCGAUAUUGGCAAAGUAUAAGGCAUAAGAAAUUGCUAAUAUAGUGAAAUUCCCAAUAAGCGUACACUGGCGGGAGCAGUCUUUCUGUCCGUUUAAGAGAUUGUCCUUAAUAAAAAUAAUCAAAAAAUGCUGGAAAUGUUGGGAUCGGGCGAGGUCGUUCGUUUUAUAGAGCUUUCACUGUAUUUAUAAAUUAAAAUAUGUACUUUGUUUAGGAAAUCUUCUUUUGCAUGACAAAUAAAAAAAAACAUUUUGCGUUAUGAACUUAA